GUGUGUGUGUGUGUGUGUGUGUGUGUUCCGCAGCACAUCCGUGUGGGCUGGGAGUCUCUUCUGACCACCAUCGCUCGCACCAUCAACGAGAUCGAGACUCAGAUCAUGACCCGCGACGCUAAAGGAAUCAGCCAGAAACAACUCAACGACUUCAGAUCCUCCUUCACACACUUUGACAGGAAGAAGAAGGGCGGUAUGGAGACUGAUGACUUCAGAGCCUGUCUGAUCUCUAUGGGAUAUGAUCUGGGUGAAGCAGAGUUUGCGCGCAUCAUGGCUCUGGUGGACCCCAAUGGUUCUGGAGUGGUGACGUUUCAGGCGUUUGUGGACUUUAUGACCCGUGAAACUGGAGAAUCUGACACGUCAGAGCAGGUCGUCGCCUCCUUCAGGAUUCUGGCCGCCGAUAAGCCGUAUAUUCUACUGGAUGAGCUGCGGCGUGAGCUUCCUCCAGAGCAGGCUGAAUACUGCAUCUCCAGGAUGCCUCCAUAUAAAGGACCUGACGCUGUUCCUGGAGCUCUGGAUUACGCUGCGUUCUCCACUGCACUGUACGGAGAGAGCGACCUCUAGAGGCCAGCGGAUAACGCUGAAAACACAUGCAUGAGAUUAGACUCCCACCAAAAGUAUUGCGGUCACGGAUUGAAUAAUAGUCUCAGUUCUGAAGUUCAAAUCAGCCUUAAAUCAGCCUUUAGGCCGAGUAAAAAUAUGUCUUGAUCCAGGAGUGCGAUACCUCAUUCAUCCACUGUGUGUCAAACUUACAUACUGCACCUUUAAAUCAAUCACAUUUAGGUCAUCAAUUAUUCAUAAUUCAUUCAUUCAAUUGUUGUUUUCAUAUUUGGACAAUAAUUCAUUAUGAGAAAUAUCUUCAUCCUGUCUAAACGGAGACAAAAAAAAAUUGCUAAAUCUUACAGAGGAAUUAGUAAGCAGGAAAGGGUGCUAAAUUUUGCACCUAUUGCACCUAUUUGAGCAGAAAUGAUGAGCAAACAUGAAUGUUGUCCAGAUUCGUGCUCUGGAAAGCAGUCUAUAGUCCUCUAAAUGUUCUUACUUCAGUCUGACCGAUGAGUUCAACCCAAAACAUGAUAAUAAUUGAUCAUUUUCAGCAGGAAUAAUCAGCUGAAUAUCUGAGUUUUGUUCAGAUCUGUGGCUUUGUUUACAUUCUGCUCGCCAAUAUGGCCUCCCAUACUCCAUCCUCAAAACAACCCCACAGUAAAUAAAGUUAGAUUCUUCAGAAAAUUACAGACAAUUCAUUCAUUCAUUUUCUUUUCAGCUUAGUCCCUUUAUUAAUCUGGGGUCGCCACAGCGGAAUGAACCGCCAACUUAUCC